AUGAAGGCCGUGGUAGUGGUGGCUGUGGUGUGUGUGGUGUCUGUGGUAGGAGGUGUGGUGAACAGGCGGGACUUUGAACAUCAUCAACAUCAUGAGCACCGUGAACAAAUCAAGGGUAUAACCAUCGAAAAACAAGUCAAAGUCCCGGUGCCCUACACAGUCACCAAGGAGAUUCCUUAUCCAGUCAAGGUGUUAGUAGAGCGACCAGUUCCAUACCCGGUGCACCACCCCUACCCCGUGGAGUACAAGAGGUUAGUCCACUACCCCGUCAAGGAGUACAUCCCCGCGCCCUACCCUGUCUACAAGAAGCUGCACUACCCCGUCAAAUACCACGUGGUUCGACCCUACCCAGUCCAUGUGUAUAAACACUACCCCGUCCUGGUGGAGAAGAAGGUACCUUACCCCGUGGUCAAACACAUCGGCUACCCUGUCAACGUCCCCGUGGAACAUCCGGUCCCAGUGCGAGUUCCGGUAGUGAAGCAUGUUCCGUAUCCGGUCGAGAAGAAAGUGCAUUACGCAGUCAAGGUGCCUGUAGAGAAGAAGGUACCUUACGUCGUGGAGAAGCCCUAUCCUGUAUUGAUAGAGAAGAAAGUGCCUUACCCGGUAGUGAAGGAGGUGCCUUAUCCAGUCAAGGAGUAUGUCCCUGUACAUGAAGAGAGCGAAGGCUUGUCCAAGUAUCAUAGUCAGUACAGGUGAUUGUCGAGGUUAAUGAUGUGUACAAAUGUAAAGUAUUGUAAUAAAUGUGUAAAUACUCGUA